UAACAAGCGAUUUUAUAAUUUGAGACUACUUUUUCAUCAUGGAUAUUUCUGAUUUAGAACAAUCAACGAUUCUACAAGAUUCUGAUUCAGAUUAUAUUCCUUCUUCAAGUGGAGAUGAAGACUCAGACCCUGCCAGCCCAACAGCUUCAAUCAAUGGUGACAGUGAUAAUGAAAUCAGCACAAAGGAAAAGUCUCGAAAACGUACCAGAAACUGUAACAAGAAAGAAAACAGGAAAAUCAAACGCAGUUUGGGUGAGAGCUAUAUUACUGCCAAAGGUAAAGAGGUGUGUAAAAAAUUAUUUUCAAACGAUCCAUGCAGCUGCAGGUUAAAAUGCAUUGAAAAUGUCUCUGCAGAAGAAA